AUGUUUUGGCCACCACUGCUCGUCAAAUUCUGCUCUGAAGAGCUUACAAUCGCAAUACACAAUCAGCGUGUUGAAAGACAUUCGCCUCGUUCUGAGGAUUAUGCCAUAACCCCAAACAGUUAUUCGACCACUAGGGCAAAAGAGCUCAAUCACCAAAAGCGCCAUGGUGGUAUAGAGGGUACGAAUCACCGAAUCCAAUCCCUCCAACAGCAGUUGAUAAACGUCACCUUUGCAGUCAUAUAUUUAGUGAGGCAGACCGUGAACGGCGUUCAGCAGCGAGCAGGUUCAGUUGAGACGGUUCAACUAAGACCAGUGUUUGAAUUGACCGUGCGCUUGGGGCAAGCCUUGAGUUCUGGUAUCCGCGAACAACUGGUUGACUACGGAGUAGUUAGUUCGCCAUGGACGGGUGACAUCAUCCCCAAACGGUAUGCCAGCCACACCCACUGGUCACCUGUGCGGCCCGUGGAUGUGCCCCGUGGGCAAAUCCUGGCGGGAAUGAAGAUGGAAGUUAUAUAUAUAUCUACAAUAAUUCCAUUUGGUUCCAUCACAUCUCCUCCAUACCGCACAUUGCUAUGUAUUGUUGUGAAGGCACCCACCGGAUGGCUACCCAAUGGAGAAAAUGAUAAGGAGGGCGGGAGGCAAAGAAAGGUGUCUGUCUAUCUAUCUGGUCAAGAAAUUGCCGAACCCAUGGUUUGGUCGAGUCCACCGGUGCCUCGCGCCUGUUUUGCCUCAUUUUCUUCUUUCUUCUACAUCAGACCAGUCAGCGCCGAACGCCCUGCUCCCUGCAUUUGA